ACGUCUGUUGCUGUUAACUGAGUGCAGUGCACAUUAUCUCGUCUCUGACGGCACAUAUAUUUUAUACUUGCACUUCUGUUGGACACCUGCAGUAACUAUUGAGAAAAACAUUUUACAUAUUUCGUCAUCUUCGAGCACAUCCCGCUUAUAAUAUGGCCACGGCAUUUAUCGUAUUCAUCGCCACGUCCUUGGUGGUGACAGCGGCGUUGGCCCAGCAACGUCCCGUUCCGCCCGCAUUCACCAGAUCCACUCUGCAGAGUCGCGACGUCGCUCAGCUGAACUUGGACCCCCAGCAACCAAUGCCGCAACCAUUCCGUAGGGUCUCGCUGCCCCUGUACAGAGGCCGAGGUUUCAGUCUGGAGGGACAGGAACCGAAUAAACCUGUGGUGACUCAGCAAACGUUCCAGCCGAGACCAGUCGAAAACGUCGACGGUGACGCAGCGGGCGACGAUGCGCCGCAGCCCACCAGACAAGCGCCGCAACAGCAAUUUGAGAGAGCACAGCAGCAGCAAGUCGACAGGGUCCAACAACAACAACAGAAUAUUGACAGGAUUCAAUCACAACCUGAAAAACAAUUCGCCGGAUUCCGGCCCCAGCCACAGAUACAACCCAUUGAAACUCAACCAAACUUCGUGAGAAAGGUCGUACAGAGGCCGUUGAAACGCGUACGAGUCACCGAAGAAACAGAAGUUGUAUCUAAAUCUCCAGAAACGAUUCAGAGAAUGAAACUUGAACGAACAGAGUCUGCCGACAAACAACGGGCAAAGAAGCCGGUGUCUCAGGUGUUGAGGCGAUACAGAGACGAUAACCCAGACGGCAGCAUCACUUGGGGUUUCGAGAACGACGACGGCACGUUUAAGGAAGAGACGAUCGGAGUGGAUUGCGUGACCCGCGGCAAGUACGGUUACGUGGACCCGGAGGGCGUCAAACGCGAGUACUCGUACCAGUCGGGCGUACCGUGCGACAAGGACAGGCGACCGUUGUCCGCGCCGCACCAAGAGCAGGGCGCCGGGUUGUCCGCGGUGCAGGAGGCGCAGGCCAGCGAUACGUCGUACGGCUACAUAGACUACACCAAGAACCAGUACGUCAUGGCCAACGGACAAACGAUCAACCUGAACGGCAUGGCUAGGAACAGGGCCCGGAAACCGGUGGUCCGGAAGACCGCGCCGCUCACGCAGAACGCAGCCGACCAACGCUUUUAAGUCGUCACGCGCGCGACCCGUCGUAUAAUAUCAUGUAUCGCAUCCCUUCCCAACUGCAGCGUAUUAUUAUUAUUAUUAGUAGUAGUAGUAGUAGUAGUAUUAUUAGUAUUAUAUCAAUGAUGGUAUAGGAAACUGCAAUGUGGUCAGUGCUCGAAAUUGGAAAACAAAAUCAAGGGACACGACUAUAAAUUUGAAGAAACGUAUAGGUAUUAUAGCGCCCGUUGCAAUUUUUAAACGCCAUCUACGAUUACCACAUUAAAUCGCAGACAAAUGAAUAAAAUAUAUUAUAAGAGUACCUGUAGGUACUAUAUAUGCUAUAGUAUAGUGGGUGGUUCAUAUUUAACGCAAGACCAUCAUUAUUUCAAAAACUAUUACCUAACGUUUUUAAAAAUAUUAAUUUUACAUAAUUUUCAGUUGUACCUACCUACCAUUUUUUACCGUUAUCUUUUUUUAAUUUUUACAAAUGACAACAUUUAUUUUUAGUUCAUCCUUAUUCCAGAGCUGAAUAGUUUUAAAAUACUUUUGAUACAUAAAAGUUGAAUUUUGUAUGAGUGGUGAGAUAGGUAAUAUAUAGAUAUACGUAUGUGGUAGAUUAGUACCUAUUUAAAGUUUUGAUGAGUGGAAUGGAUUGGUACAGCUAGGGCCUAGGGGUAUACCUCAAAAUAUUGGUCCAAUACUUCGCUUAUCUGAACUUCAAAUACUUAUAAAGUUAUAAAUUAUAAACCACUUAUCUGAAAUUUAAUUUUUGUAUAGACUGAUAUAUUUCAAAAUAUUCUGCUUAGAAAUAUUAAAUUAGAAGUGUACAUAAUAUCUAAAAUAAAUAAUUUAAGAAAUUAUAUAGAUAAAAAAUUUAAAAAUACAACUUUUUUCCAAAAAAUGUUGUCUUGUAAAAACUUAAAAUUAUGUAAAAGAAAUGUUUUCAAAAAUUGUUUUUCGAAAUAACGUAAGUUACGUUAAAUAGAAUACUCCGUAGAUGUUCAACCUUUAUGAGCGAUUAAAAUUAAUUUAUAUUCCAUAUUAUUAUAAAUUAUAAGAGCCUUUAAGCAAUAUCAUAAUUUUGGAAAAUAAGGAUCUUCAUUCUCCACACCAAUUCGAGCACUGGCUGUAAUACAAUGACUUAUUAUUUUUCAAUAGAUAAAUGAAAUAAUAUUAUAAUUUUAAUGUUAUUAUAUUAUGUACUUAAGCCGCUGCCACCGUGGUGUUACGCCUGACGCUUCACUAUUUUAUUAUUAUUAUUAUUAUUUUUUUUUUUUUAUAAAAUAUUGUAUUUUAUUUUUAAAUUAUUUUAGACAGAUAUAAACAUAAUUUUGUGUUGA